UAGGUCAUGCGGAAAGUUCUGAAAGUAAACUGGAAAAGAAGAAAGAAAAAAAACAUCCCAUGUGGUAUCUUCUGCAAUGGUACUUCUUUUUCUUCCUUUGCUUGUUUACUUUAUUGGCGCUGUUACUGGUGUUCGAUUAGUGGUGAUGAAUGAACCUCUGCAACAUGUUGCAGCUGGCAAAAAUGUUACUCUGCACUGUGCAUUUACACCAGAAGAAAACCAUGAACCAGAUCAGCUUGAAGUUCAGUGGCACGUACGUAAGAGGAGUCAGUGGACUGUUCUCCAAACUUAUAAGGCAAAGCAGAUGGCAAAUGAGGAGAGACAGUACUACGGAAGGAUCUGUAUUGACCCUAACAAGCUCAUUGAUGGAAUUGCUUCUCUUCAGAUUCAGAAUGUAACACUUAAGGACAGUGGUGAAUAUCGGUGCAUCAUCAUUGAUGGAGGAGGAGCAGCAUUUGAGUCAUCCCAACUGAUUGUGUUAGCUCCGUACACUGAUCCUGAAAUAACUAAGCACUACACAGAAGCGGAGGAACUUGUUCUGCAGUGUCGAUCCCAGGAUGGCUACCCCAAAGGUGAAGUUCAAUGGUUUGAUGGAAAUGGCACAGAACUACAGUGGCAGGGGUCAACAGAACACAUCCUGACAAAUGAGGGCAACUUUCAGAUCAUCAGUAACUUAUCAUUACCAUUAAAUGAGGAGGUGCACAUUUGUUGCACAAUCAGCCACAACACUAAUCUGUUUGAAAAGAAAGUGACCUGUCACACAGUCAUUGGUCCUUCUUGGGUUUCUAAAGGAGCGAGUCUUUUUCAAGAAAAAAAAUGUCAAGUUCCCAACACUGAAUGGAAAAAGUAUUAAAGCAAUUCUGAGCUAAACUUUGCGUAAAAUUCAUUAGAUAACAGGUGUGAAUCUGAGAGGUUCUUCAAUGCUAGCUCAUGAAUAAUUGACUCAUUCAUACUCAUAUACAUUUCAAAAGGUAGGAUGUCAUU